AUGGAUGUGAAUGAAUCAGCGGUCUCAGACUUCAUUCUGGUGAACCUCUUUGGUGGAUCAGGGUCACAUCGGCUCCUUUUCUCCCUAGUGGCUGCCAUGUUUAUCAUGGGCCUUCUGGGCAAUGCCAUUCUACUCUUCUUGAUCCAUGUAGACCCGCGGCUCCACACCCCCAUGUACUUUCUGCUCAGCCAGCUCUCCCUGUUUGACGUUGGCUUCCCCCUGGUCACCAUCCCCAAGAUGGCGUCAGACUUCCCGCAAGAAGAAGGUUCCAUUUCUUUCGGAGGCUGUGCAGCUCAAAUAUUCUUCCUGACAAUGAUGGGUGUGGCUGAAGGCGUGCUGCUGGCCCUCAUGUCUUAUGACCGCUAUGUUGCUGUGUGCUAUCCCUUGCAGUAUCCAGUGCUCAUGAGGCGCCAGGUGUGCCUGCUCAUGGUGGGCUCCUCCUGGUUGGCGGGUGUGCUCAAUGCUUGCAUUCAGACGUCCAUCACCCUGCACUUUCCCUACUGUGCCUCCCGCACCGUGGACCACUUCUUCUGCGAGGUGCCAGCCCUGCUGAAGCUCUCCUGUGCAGACACCUCAACCUAUGAGCUGGCGCUGACCACUUCCGGGGUGCUGAUCCUACUGCUUCCCCUUUCCCUCAUCGCCACCUCCUACGGCCACGUGUUGAAGGCUGUUCUACGCAUGCGCUCAGAGGAAGCCCGAAACAAGGCCUUCGCCACGUGCUCCUCACAUAUCACAGUGGUGGGACUUUUUUAUGGAGCAGCAGUGUUCAUGUACAUGGUGCCGGGUGCCUACCACAACCCACACCAGGACAACAUGAUCUCCCUUUUCUACAGCCUCAUUACCCCCACACUCAACCCCCUCAUCUACAGUCUGAGAAACCGAGAGGUGAGAAUGGCGUUGGUCAAAGUGCUUAGCAGAGCUGGACUCAAACCAAACUGGUGA